GAAAAAACUACUCUAAUUAAUUAUAUUAAUAAAGAAUACUUAUUAAAAAUAAAUAAAAACAAGCCUAUUAUAUAUUUUUAUUUAUUUUAUAAAAAUAAGAUAUAUUCUUCUACUUUAGAGCUUCGAUAUUAUUUUUAUAAUAUUUAUUUAAUUAAAAAGCCUCGCCGCAACUGUAUUAGCAGAAAAUAA